AUGUCUAAGAAUGGUGUUAGUAACUUGUGUGACCACAGCGAUACAACACCAGUACAAAGAGCUUGUACAUCGUCGAAUGAUGUGAGCCGGGAUGGCGUUCUACUUCUCAUACAAGGCUUACGCCAUAUAGCCAGUUCCUGUAAGUUUGAGGGCGAAGUUGGCCGACGCCGUACUCGUCUUGAGGCCGACAUGUCAGUGUUGACGAAGCGACGACGGGACUUUCUAGACAUUCUGUUGACCGCUCGAGAUGAGCACGGCAUUGGACUGACCGAUCGUGAGGUCAGGGACGAGGUCGAUACCUUCCUCUUUGAAGGACAUGAUACAACAGCUUCGUCUCUAAGUUGGGCCAUUUACUCGUUGUCAAAGAACCCAGAAGAGCAAGAGAAAGUCUACGAGGAAGUAAAACGAGUUCUCGGUGACAGGACAGAUGUUGACUGGUCUGAUAUCAAAGAGUUUUCUCAACUGACCUUAUUUCUGAAGGAGUCCAUGCGCAUGUUUUCCCCAGUACCAUCAGUUGGUAGAAUCACAACUAAAGAAAUAGACCUUGACGGUCUCAAAGUUCCCGCCAAUAUGGAGAUAUAUGUGUUGAUAUAUGCACUCAACCAUCGUCAGGAUAUAUGGGGAGAUCCCGAGAGGUUCAGACCUGAUCGAUUUUCAAACGAUGCUGAAAAAGAUCCAUACAGUUACGUGCCUUUCUCUGCUGGCCCAAGAAACUGUGUUGGUCAACAUUUCGCACUUGAUGAACAAAAGGUUGCCCUUGCAAAAUUACUUCAAAGAUUUAAAGUAUUGCCAGACCCCGACCACCAACCGGAAAUAGAUCUUGAUCUCGUUCUGCGGUCUACAAACGGAAUACGAAUAAAGUUACAGAGACGAUAA